UUGUGAAUUUCAAAUUUCAAAUUAGUCCAACAAAUUCCACUUUCUCUUUUAUUUAAAUGGAUUCGAAGCUUUCAUUGAAAAGCAAUACAUAACAAUGUUAUCACCAUUAUUGUUGUCAUUGUAUGUUUUGUGAAAAUUCCCUGUAAGUAAACCCGAUUAAUUACAUAAUUAGCAACAAAAUGUGGCGUACGAAACUGAAAACAUUACUCAAAUACUCCGUGUACGGUACCCUAAUAGGCGGUACCGCCUUGAGCCUCAAAACCAACCAGUACUCGAUAGAUUCGAUAGGCGUAGUGAGAUUAAGCAGGGCGGCCUUUACGGUCCUGCAAAUAGGCCUCAUAUACAAGCGAGACCUGUAUGGAAAACGCCUGGACGAACAGUCCGAGGAAUACAAGAAAGUAAAGUCUGAGUGUCACAAGAAAAGCGCCGAGAAGCUGCUCGAAUUGUGCUGCACGAACAAAGGCGUGUACAUCAAAGUAGGCCAACACAUAGCCGCCUUGGAAUACCUUCUGCCCACCGAGUACGUACAAACCAUGAAGAUCCUACAUUCACAUGCGCCCGUCAAUGACAUCCAGGAGGUCUAUCGAGUCCUUCGGGAGGAUCUCAAAAAAGACCCCUUCGAAAUAUUCUCGAAAAUCGAGGAGGUCCCGUUGGGCACGGCCUCCUUGGCUCAAGUGCACAAGGCGACGCUCAAAGACGGCACCGUCGUCGCCGUCAAGGUGCAGCAUCCCUACGUACAGGGUAACUCGAAAGUCGACAUGAAGACGAUGGAAUAUCUAGUGAAGCUAACGAGCAUCAUUUUCCCCGAAUUCAAGUUCCAAUGGCUGGUCGAUGAGUCCAAGAAGAACAUACCGAGAGAACUGGACUUCGCCAUGGAAGGACGAAACGCUGAAAAGGUGGCUGAAUUAUUUCGGGACGUCGAUUGGUUGAAAGUGCCUUCUAUUAGAUGGGAUUUGACGACUAAACGUGUAUUAACAAUGGAAUUCGUCGAAGGGGGACAAGUCAACGAUUUGAAAUACAUAGAAACCAACAAAAUCAAUCCGUUCGAAGUAUCGGAUAAAUUAGGAAAAUUGUAUUCGAAAAUGAUUUUCAUUCACGGUUUCGUACACAGCGAUCCCCAUCCUGGUAACAUACUCGUCAGGAGAAGGGAAAAGGGCGAUUGCGAUAUCAUUUUGCUCGAUCACGGAUUAUAUGCGACUUUAAAAGACGAAUUGAGAGUAGAGUACGCGAAUUUAUGGUUGAGUAUUCUAAACAGAGACAUAAACGGCAUAAAAUUGCACAGCAAGAAUUUAGGAAUCGAUGGCAGGGCCUUCGGUUUGUUCGCUUGCAUGGUGACAGGUCGAACAUGGAACAGCAUCAUGAGAGGCAUUGACAAGGAGAAACUGACGAGCAAAGAAUCGACCUUCAUGAAGCAGACGUUCACCGGCAUCAUUCCCCAAAUAUCGGACGUCCUGCAGAACGUGAAUCCCCAAAUCCUGCUGAUAUUGAAGACGAACGAUUUGAUGAGAGGGAUCGAGCACGCCUUGAAAACGAACGAGCGCAUGAACUCGUUCAAGGUGAUGUCGCAAUGUUGCGUUCGAUCGGUGUACAACCAGAGGUACUCGAUGAGCGAGAAGAAGUUCGACAAAAUCAAGAUAUCCCUGGCGGAGUUUUGGGUGCUGUUUAAGAUUAAUUUGUAUUAUGUCUAUUUGAGUUUGAAGAGUAAAUCUUUGUGUAUGUUUUGCUGAGAGCUUUAAUUGUUAAUUUAUUAUUUAUUGGUUAAAUUAGGUAGUAUAGGGAAUUAUCGCACAAUUCUAGUUUAGGGAUUUAAAGUAGUAAAAAUAUACUUAUUGUGCAGUAAAACGUUAAAUAAUCUAGUAUAAAGAUAAGUGCAAUUUUGUACGCAAUAAUGUCUAUGAAAGCAACACAGAUAACUUUCAUAAAUCUCAUGUUAAGGAAAAAGAUUAAAUUAUAUUGUGGGGUUGCAACGUUCUCAUUUUGGCUACUGAAUUGACCAUAUUGCAAACGAAAUUGCACUUAACCAUAUAAACGACUGAUAUAUCUGAUUAAAUAAAUAAAUUAAAUAAUUUAGGAAUUUGAGGUUUUUUAUAGAAAUUUAAGAUAUUUUAGAGAAUAUGCAAAACGUAAGCAACAUAUUGAAUGUGAUAACAAAAUUUUUAAUAUUUAUCUAGUAAUUUAGUGAUAAACCGUUG